AUGUCUAAAACUCAAGAAAAAAUUGCUUAUCCAUUUUGGUAUGGUGGUGCUGCCAGUAUGGUUGCGUGUUUAGUGACACAUCCACUUGAUUUGGCUAAAGUUCGUUUGCAGACGGCCAGUAAACCUGGUCAAGGUCUUGCUUCAAUGGUAUAUCAAAUUAUUACCAAGGAAGGUUUCUUCAAGAUCUAUUCCGGAUUAACUGCUUCUCUUUUAAGACAAGCAACUUAUUCCACUGCAAGAUUUGGUAUAUAUGAGUUCUUAAAAGAAUCAUACACUGAGAAAUACAAACAUGCACCUGCCACCCAUAUUUUAUUACCAAUGUCAAUGUUGGCUGGGGCACUUGGUGGUCUAGUCGGGAAUCCUUCCGAUGUUGUGAACAUUAGAAUGCAAAACGACUCUUCUUUACCGAUUGACCAAAGAAGAAAUUACAGAAAUGCUUUUGAUGGUAUUUACCGUAUUGUGAAGGAAGAAAGUGUUGGAACUUUAUUUAGAGGAUUGACACCAAAUUUAGUUAGAGGAGUCUUGAUGACAGCUUCUCAGGUUGUUACAUACGAUAUUGCAAAGACCUUGUUAGUUGAUAACUUACAAUUAGACCCUGCAAAGAAACUGACUCAUUUUAGUGCUUCUCUUUUAGCUGGUUUAGUUGCAACUACUGUUUGUUCGCCUGCUGAUGUUGUCAAGACUAGAAUUAUGAAUGCCAAGGGCUCUAGUGAAAAUGCUGUAUCAAUCCUCACAAAGGCUGUGAAGAAUGAAGGGGUAGGCUUCAUGUUCAGAGGUUGGUUACCAUCUUUCAUUAGGUUGGGACCUCAUACAAUUGUAACAUUCUUGGCAUUAGAACAAUUAAGGAAGUAUAAGAUUGGUAUUUUUUAG